AUUGAUAAGAUCUGGAUAAGACAAAGUGGAUCACUUACACUGCCGGCUCUGUAAGUACGAAGAUAAAAGUAAUAUCCUGUAUCAUUUGAUCAACUACUGGAUGCCGCCGCCGAUCCAGAGACAUGCUGACCAGACUAAGGUUCCUGGCCCGAGUCCUGCUGCUCGUGCUGCUCCUUGUGACUGCCUUCGUGUGGCUAAUUCAUCCCGUAAGAGUUGUACCGGAUCUGGAGACCCGACAACAGAUCGGGGUGUCUCUCGGCAAGGGCGUGAGCCGCCUUGCUCCAAGUGAGGUGUACAGCAUCGUGCUGUGGACGAGUCACAGACGAGGCGAGGUCGGGAUUUACCGGAUACCGGUUCUGACCUACACACCACGGGGAAACCUCGUCGCCAUGGUCGAAGGAAGGAAAAACUCCGAGAAGGACGACGUGCCCAAAGUGAUUGCCGUGAAAAGAUCAACUAAUGCCGGUCAAACGUGGUCCCCUUCGCAGUGGAUAGUGGACGAUGGAAAUACGACUCGUCGAUACUGCUCAAACAUAGGAACAAUUUUUGUUGACGACGUAACUGAAACUAUCUUCCUGAUGUACAUGUACUGUGGGUUUUGUCCUACGAGAUCGCUGAUGUUGAUAAACAGUACGGAUGACGGCAUCACGUGGGGGAAACCGAGAAAUAUUACCGACAUCGUAGGGAAACAUUAUGUUGCACAUCCGAGUCCAGGAUAUGGUAUUCAGAAAAAGCACGACCCAGCCAAAGGAAGGCUGAUUGUGUGCGGACACGGUUUCCAUGACGGCCUGGGGAUAGUACUGCUACUGAGUGAUGACCACGGUGUGACGUGGAGACAUGGGGCCUUCGUGCCGAGUGUGCCGUUCCGUCGGUCCAGGAAGGGGGACUUCGAUCCAGACGAGUGCCAGCCCAUUGAACUCCCGGAUGGAAGCAUUCGCAUCGUGGUGCGGAACGAACACGUCUACAAAUGCAACUGUAAGAUGAUCAUGAAAAGUUUCGACGGGGGAGAGACCCUACCCAAGAAGUACAUGUUCCUCGACACGUCCCUCAUCGAGCCGAAAAUCACAUCGGGGGUGUGGUACAACAAUGGCGUCCUGUUCUACGCAGGGCCAAACAGUACACGUAAUCGUACGGAUCUACAGCUUAGAUGGAGCUACAACAACGGUCGUACUUGGUCAAAAGUGAUGCGGAUUUGGGGGCACAAGGCCAGCUAUUCCACCCUAACAAUGCUACCGAACGACCACGAACAUCUCUACAUCAUGUACGAAAGGGGCAUCAAGGACUUCUUUGAAGAAAUUGCCCUCGUGAAAAUGAAAAUAAACAUGAUCUAUAGAUAAUCAAAAUAGA